CUAUAGGAUACACUGUCUAUGUCCAUGACGUGUCUUCUGGUUCCGGUUUCCCGGUUCCGGCUUGUCGCUGCAGUGUAUACCGAUGGCCGAAGUACGCACGGUUCCCGUCGCUUCCGGUACCGUUCCAGGUUCCGGUUCCCUGUCUCCGUCUCUGGCUUUACCGCCCCCUCCGUCUGGUCCCGGACCUGGGGGCGCGCCACCGUUGCCACCACCACCUCCACCCCCUGGAACCGGGCCAGCCCAGACCAGGGAUAGUUCAAGUAGUUCAUCGGGGUCUACCUCGGGUUCGGCCCGGGAGGGCUGGCUUUUUAAAUGGACCAAUUAUAUCAAGGGAUACCAGAGGCGAUGGUUUGUGUUAAGCAAUGGGUUGCUGUCUUAUUAUCGCUCCAAAGCAGAAAUGCGUCACACCUGUCGAGGGACAAUAAAUCUUGCAACAGCAAACAUCUCAGUAGAAGACUCCUGCAAUUUUGUAAUUUCUAAUGGAGGGGCACAAACUUACCAUUUGAAGGCUAGCUCCGAAGUAGAGCGCCAAAGGUGGAUCACAGCACUAGAACUCGCCAAGGCCCGUGCUGUCAAGAUGCAGGCAGAGUCAGAUGAUUCUGGAGAUGAGGACCCCUCUUCUCAAACAGAUAAGGCAGAGGUCCAUAGCACUCUACGAGCUUUAUCUGGGAAGGUGGAAGAUUUGGGUACAUGCAAUGAUCUAAUUGCAAAACAUGGGACAGCUCUGCAGCGGUCACUAAGUGAGUUGGAAAGUCUGCGUCUUCCUCAAGACAGCUCUGAAAAGAUUAAGCAAGUCAAUGAGAGAGCCACGCUGUUCAGGAUCACAUCAAAUGCAAUGAUAAAUGCUUGCAGAGACUUUAUGUCUCUGGCUGAAAGUCACAGUAAGCGGUGGCAGAGGGCACUACAGUAUGAGCGAGACCAGCGACUACGCCUAGAAGAGACACUUGAACAACUAGCAAAACAGCACAACCAUUUGGAAAGGGUAUUCCGUGGGGCUACAGUUUUGCCAGCUGUCACCCGCACUGGGGUUUCCAAAGACCCUUGUGUGACAGGAAAAGGGGACCUCAGUGAUGAAGACGAUGACAAUGAAUUCUUUGAUGCCCCUGAAAUCAUCAGCAGUCCAUCCCAGGAUGGCCUUGGGCAUAAGCGUUCUGGCAGCAACAUUAGUGCAGCAAGUUGUGACACCGUGGAAGAACAUGUGCGACCAUCCUCAGAGGAUCUCCGGAAAGAGAGACGAACUAGGAUUCCUUACAAACCCAACUACAGCCUUAAUUUGUGGAGUGUCAUGAAGAAUUGUAUUGGAAAAGAGCUUAGCAAGAUCCCCAUGCCAGUUAAUUUUAAUGAGCCACUUUCAAUGCUUCAGCGACUGACCGAGGACCUUGAAUAUCACACCCUGCUGGAUCGGGGGGCUCAGUGUGAGAGUUCCCUUGAGCAACUUUGUCUUGUGGCUGCAUUCACCGUCUCUUCAUAUUCCACCACUGUCUUCCGCACAAGCAAACCCUUUAAUCCUUUGUUGGGAGAGACUUUUGAGUUAGAUCGGAUGGAAGAGAGUGGUUACCGCUCGCUGUGUGAGCAGGUCAGUCAUCACCCCCCUGCAGCUGCACACUAUGCAGAAUCUCGCCACGGCUGGACCCUGAGGCAGGAGAUAACAGUCACCAGCAAGUUCAGGGGCAAAUACCUUUCCAUCAUGCCACUUGGAACUAUACACUGUGUAUUUCAUAACUCUGGGAAUAAUUAUACUUGGAAAAAGGUCACCACAACUGUUCACAAUAUAAUUGUGGGAAAACUCUGGAUUGAUCAGUCAGGAGAGAUAGACAUUGUAAAUCACAAGACAGGGGAUAAGUGUAAACUUAAGUUUGCUCCAUAUAGCUACUUUUCCAGAGAUGUGGCUCGGAAGGUUUCUGGGGAAGUAAUGGAUGCAACUGGACGGGUGCAUUACACUCUGAUGGGUACAUGGGAUGAGCGUAUGGAGUGUGUACCUGUGAGUUCUCUUGGUAUUGUCUCUGAAAAUGGGGGAGACAAGGCUGCAGAGAGCAGAAUUCCGCUAUGGAAAAGAAACCCCCUUCCUAAGAAUGCAGAGUACAUGUAUUACUUUACUGAGCUUGCUCUUACUUUGAAUGCCCCUGAGGAAGGCACUGCUCCAACAGACAGCCGACAGAGGCCAGACCAGCGUCUAAUGGAGAAUGGAAACUGGGAUGAAGCCAAUUCUGAAAAACAGAGACUUGAAGAAAAACAGAGAAAUACUAGAAAGAGGAGAGAGGCAGAAAGGGAGAAAGCUGGGGAGGAUGGUUCCCCUGUGGAUACAUACAAACCAAUGUGGUUUGAAAGAAAGAUGGAUCCUGUAAGCAAGGAGAUGGUGCACAUUUACCAGGGCACCUACUGGGAAUGCAAGGAGAGACAAGAUUGGGCAUCAUGCCCAGAUAUAUUUUGAAGAUGAAGGAGCAGCUUCUUGUCUUUUUCCCAGAUCCCUCCUUUAUCUACAGUGAUGCCUUACUGACCUUAAUCUUCUUUCCCAGAUAAGCAGUGCCCUGUAGGUCUCUAGCACAAACAUAAGAAUGAUGAGGCUAAUGAUGAUGUAAAGUUUAGGUUUGCAUUGUAAAGAAUGGUCAUAUGGUUUGUUAUACCCUAUCAUUUAGAAUAUGGGUAAAGAGAGAGAGACACACACACACACACACACACACACACACUAAUUAGUGUUUUAAUUAGGGAUGCACCGAAUCCAGGAUUUGGUUCGGUAUUCAGCCAGGAUUCGGCCUUUUUCAGCAGGAUUUGGCUGAAUCCUUCUGUUCGGCCAAACCGAAUCCUAAUUUGCAUAUGCAAAUUAGGAGCGGAUAGGGAAAUCGCGUGACUUUUUAUCACAAAACAAGGAAAUAAAAAAUAUUUUCCCCUUCCCACUCCUAAAUUGCAUAUGUAAAUUCGGUUCGGUAUUCGACCGAAUCCUUCGUGAAGGAUGGGGUUUGGCCGAAUCCAAAAUAGUGGAUUCAGUGCAUCCCUAGUUUUAAUGACUGUUUCUUCCACAUAUUCCUAAUUAUGAAAGGGUUACUGCAUUAUAUCACUCUAUAUAUAUAUAUAUAUAUAUAUAUAUAUAUAUAUAUAUAUAUAUAUAUAUAUAUAUAUAUAUAUAUAUAUAUAUAUAUAUAUAUAUAUAUAUAUAUAUAUAUAUAUAUAUAUGUACUCUGCCAAAGUGAUUAUAAGAUACAAAUUUUAUUUUGCCAUGUACAUCUUUUUGAAAAUCAUUAAUAAUCAUAGAAUGUGCACACAAUGUAUCACUUGUACCAGUAGAGGUAUUCUGUAAUGAUUUGUGCUGCCUUGCUAUACAAUUGUUUGGUUGACCUACAGAGCAUUGUUACCUUAAACCUUCAUCCCCAGUUCUCAUAUUAGAUCAGAGUAUACACUUUGAUCAUUAGUAGGGGUGAGGGUAUAUUCUGCCUUAUGUUUGCUGGUUUAAUUCCCUUUGAUUAAGUUUGUUGAGUGAAAUAACUUCUGCGGGAGGGUUUUUUUUUUAACUUAUAGUUUAAAGGAGUAGUUAGGAAGGCAAAUGAUCUCAGACUUCUGCUAUGAUUUUUUUGUGUUUACAAUUAUUGAUUUAUUCUGACUUCUGCCCUUACCUGGUAUAUAAAUAUAUAUGUAAAUUUUUCACUUCUCUUUCUGUCUCUCUACCUCUUUCUGUGUGUUUCUUGUUGUCUGGUGACUCUCCUUUCUCUCUAUAAUAAAUUAAAUAAAGAUCAGAUGACACUUCCUCAGUUUCCAUAUAAUUGCACAAUGUCAAUACACUUAUAUCAUGAGCAAGGAAACCUUACAUUCUUUGUAGUAGACAAGCUAGGAAUACAGAAAAACCAAAUGUCAAGGGUUUUCUAUGUGUGUUUACUACACAAGAUUGCAGCCUUAUUGUAAAAAAAGAUUUUAUCACUAUGAGCAUUUUGUGCAAAUGGUUAUUAUGUAAAAGGCAUAUUAUCUCUGUACAAACAUGGUUUUAAAACCACACUUAUCUCUCAUUAAAGGGGAAUAUAUCCUGUUA